UUGGUCAAUAGCGUGUAUACAUGCAACUAUUAUUAUAAACACAUUGAAUUUCGAGAACGGAACAAAACACGAGUGGAAUAGCAUAUAAUUUUAUUUACAUAUUAAGGAUAAGUAAGGAAUAAAUAUGUGUGGUGGAAGUCAAGUUGAGGACCCAGGUUCUAACGGUGACAAAUACGGCAAGCCUAAAGAAUUCAAGAAGGAUUUCAAAGGUCCCAUCAAGAACCGAUCAUGCACAGACAUCAUCUGCUGUCUGUUGUUUCUGAUAUGUAUCGUUGCCAUGGUGGUAAUAUCGGCUGUAGGUUAUGCCUACGGAGACCCCAAGACACUUUUGUAUCCAACAGACUCUGAUGGAAACAUGUGCGGCACAGGAAACUAUGCUGACAGGCCGAAUCUGUUCUAUUUCGACAUCAUGCAGUGUUCAAAAGUGGGCGUGGCAGCCAUUGCCACUGGUUGUCCCACCCCUUCAAUUUGCGUCGCCAGCUGUCCAACUAAAUACUUUGCCUACCCAUUAGCAGUUUCGUCAAAGGAAGAUCUAUUGUGUAAGGACUCUGUAAAUGCAUCAGUAAAGGCUGCCGCAUCAAAUCUUUUGCUAAUCAAAUCUAACUUAAUAGACACAGAUCUGUGUGCUGCCUAUUAUGUCGAUUCAACAGCCUUGGUAGGUCGCUGUAUUCCAGCCAUAUUUGAGGACACUCUUAACUACGCCCUCCAGCUGAACGUUAGUGGUACCCUUCUGACGGCAAAAGAUGGAACUGGAGUCUCUGGCGACAGUUUAAAUAAAGCCAGCGAAUACCUUGCCAAGUUUUUCGCCCUGCAGAGUUACGUUGAGUUGGUUUUCAAGGACAUUGUCAAUUCAUGGUGGCAGAUAUUAGCUGCCCUUGGCGUUGCUGCUCUGUUCUGCUUCAUGUGGAUUAUUUUGCUGCGAUGGAUUGCUGGGGUAGUGGUCUGGAUCACAAUCAUUGGGUUCCUAGGAUGUUGGGUGUUUGCCACAGCCUGGAGUUACUAUCGCUACUACAUGAUGAAAAACAGUGAGACACCUCAACAGGAAUACAGCGUGGCCCCGUUGUUUGCCGGAGAGUUCAGUUACUAUCUGCAGAUCAGAAAAACGUGGCUGGCGUUUGCGUGUGGGAGUGCCACUCUGCUGGCCAUAUUUCUGCUCAUAUUCCUGUUCCUGGUCAAAAGAAUCUGCAUCGCCAUUGAGCUCAUUAAGGAAGCAUCCAGAGCCAUCGGCAACAUGAUCUUCGUCCUCAUCUGGCCGAUCAUCCCGUUCAUUCUCCAACUUGCCUUCCUGGGCUACUACCUGGUGUCUGCCGUCUACGUGGGCUCCAUGGGCAAGAAGAACUUCUACAAUAACGGGACCAACACCACCGAAGACAAUGGGGUCUCUUAUUAUAUUAAGCGCGCUCCUUGUGAUGUUAAUGAUGCCAACACAGGCAAGGUGUGCGAGUUCGUGAAGUAUGGGGGUGAUGAGUACACGAUUCCACUGGAGGUAUUUCUGCUGUUUAUGUUCUUCUGGGGUAUGAAUUUCAUCAUCGCGCUCGGCCAGAUGACCCUGGCAGGAUCCAUUGCCUCAUACUACUGGGCCUUCGAGAAACCCAAGGAUAUCCCGGCUUUCCCAAUUCUAGCUGCCCUCUAUCGAUCAUUAAGAUACCAUCUUGGUUCCCUGGCAUUUGGUUCCCUGCUGAUUGCUAUCGUCCAGAUGAUACGAGUUUUCCUGGAGUAUGUUGACCACAAGAUCAACGGCAGCCAGAACCCAGUGGCCAAGUUCCUGGUGAAGUGCCUGAAAUGCUGCAUGUGGUGCCUGGAAAAGUUCCUGCGUUUCCUAAACAAGAAUGCAUACAUACUGAUUGCUGUCCAUGGCAAAAAUUUCUGUGCCUCUGCAAAAGAUGCGUUCUUCUUGAUCAUGAGGAAUGUGGUCAGAGUGAUUGUCCUUGACAAGGUGACAGACUUCGUGUUGUUCAUCAGCAAGCUGUGCUGCGUGGCCGCUGUGGGCUCAGCCUCCUUUUUCUACUUUGGCGGCUAUUUUAAACUUCCGUUCUUCUCCGAUAAACUGCCAGAAUUCAAUUACUUCUGGACGCCAAUCAUUGUGGUUGUCGUGGGAACGUUCAUUAUCGCCUCGCUGUUCUUCAGCGUCUACAGUAUGGCGGUCGACACACUCUUCAUGUGCUUCUUGGAAGAUUUGGAGAUGAAUGAUGGUUCCCCAGAAAAGCCGUACUACAUGAGCAAAGGCCUGAUGCAGGUCCUCGGCAAAAAAAACAAACAGCUCAAAGAACCGUCGAAUGAAGAAAGGAAUACAAAUGGUAAGACAAAUGGUGUUUCAACCUCUAAGGGAGGUAAUAAGGCAGGAAAACCUGUCCAGGCUAAAAAUAGCCCAGCUACACUUAUUGAAGAGAGUGAAUGGUAGCUAUUUGGUGAAUAACAUUUACGUUCUAACCUUGUGUGAUUGUAUGCUUAUUCCUGGAAUACUAAUAUCCAUUGUAUUCACCUUUUCGUUCCAAAAACUGUUUACAGGUGAUGAUGCUUAUAAAGGUAAAACAAAUUUGCAACAAAGUAAAGUAGUGCCCCAAAAUGGUUCUGGUGCACAAAAUGACCUUUGGAAAAUAGAUGAUAAGCAGCCCAAGGCAUCAAAAGCACAGAAUGAUGUUACUAGUAGUGAUUGGUGAAGGCAAUUUUCUGUAGAUGUGACCAUGUAUUUCCAUAACAAACAAAAACACUAAACACCAAAAAGCAAAAAGUCUGGGGGAAAAAACACCUAGUUUCAUGUGUGUUACCGGCACAUUAUAGGAAGCAUGUCAAUGUAAUAAUCCUAGUGUCGUGUGUUUCUUUUAAUCAAAUAUUUUUAUAUGUUUGAUUGCACAGCAGCUGUUGUUUUGCAAUUUGUUAUGCUUUCAUCAUCACAAGCUAAGUGUAUUUUGAGUGUUUGUUACUCUGAAUAUUUUAUGUGACAUUUGUAAAAAAAAAUAAUUACAUGUUGCUUGGGACAAACGCAAUUAAGAUUAAAACUCGUGUUAGAUAUUGAAAGAUUGCUCCUUUUUUAUCAUAGGUGAAUAAGAAUGAAUUAAACAAAUAAUACAGUGUUUUGUUUUUUUUUGGUUGAUGUGUUUAAAAUAUAAAUGUUGCAACAGAUGAUACAGGGGUUUUUUUUGUAGUAAAUUUUAAAUUAUUAAAAUAAAAUUACUUCAAUAGUUAAAUAUCUUUAAAAAAAAAAGAAUUUUUGUAAAAAUAAAAAUAGAUCAAUAAUUUCUUUUCGAUUUUUGUCUCUGAUGUUUGUCUGGAAAAAUAGUUUCUGCUUUUCAUUUAUAUGUAUGUGACUGUUCUGUGUUUGUGUUUUGCUGUAUUUGCUAUACUUGAAAUGGCUUACCUUACCAUUUGCUUAACAAUGUCAUAGUCUGAGUAAAACAAUUAUAUCUAUAAAUAUUCUAAUUAAAAUUUGCUAAUUGCAUUUGGAUUUUUACUUUUAAUGUACAUAUUUAUUUGCAUUUAUUUUAUUUUAACACGCAACUGUCAUUCCUUCCUGCUCUCUAUAUAUGUGUGUUUCAAUAUGUACAUAUCUGAUAUAUUUCAUGUGAUAUUGUGACAUUUUUUGUGCAAAAAUGGCAAUACUUAUAUAAAUGCUUCACUAUUUUUGUUAAUUUUAUGUGUAGACAGAUUUUGAUAAUAGUAUGAACUUGUAUAAUGGAUUAUGUAUUUAUGAGUAUUGAGAUACUUUAUUUUUGGCUGGUCCAAAAAAGAAGGGAUGAAUUAUUAUGUAUGUAAAUUACCUAGGGCUUGCUAAAAGUACUUCAAAACCAGAUUUUGUAUUAUGCUUGCAAAAUUAUUUUAAUUUCUUGCCAUCGAGAUGUAUAGAUGUACUCAAAUUUGAUAAUACAACCUUUAAAACGGGUAUAUACGAUUUUUUAUAUGUGUUUAAUUGUAAUAUAUUGAUAAAAUAUGUUACAAUAACACAAUAUAGGCAAGAAAAAAUGAUACAUUAAAGCCGAAUUUCAUAAAAUGCAGCAAAGACAAAUUAGCGCCCGAGCCGAUUGUGACGUACAUAUUUUCCUACAAUAACCCAAGCAUUCGUCUUUGUAUUAGGAUCGAAGUUAGUGUUCGUGUGUCGUAUGAAUAGAUAUCGUUGCAGGAAUUCAAAUAAACCGUUAAACUAAGUUUAGAUUCACAUCGUACAUGUAUGGUAUACAUGCUGGCCAAUUCGGCUGUACAGCCGUUUUCAAUUUCAUAAUUAAAUAUCUGGCUUAUUUCGCAUUUUUCGACACAUGUUCUUCUUAACUUUUAUUUUAAUUUAUAUUGAAAUAUAUAUAUAAUAAGUUUUAUACACAUUUUAUAUAAAUUGAUAAAUAUUUGACAAAAUCGUAUAUACCUGCUUUAAUACAAGAUUAAAAUUCACAUUAAGUAUUAUUUUAAGAAAUAUUUGUUAAUAAAUAAUGUUAUAUUUAUAAUUGCUAAACGGCUUAUACAUACAAAAUAACAAUUUGACUAUCUAAACCAUAAAGUCGUUAGACUAGACUCAUAUUAUUAUUGAUUUUUUUAUUGAUGUUGGUUAGUAUAAUUUUUAGCUCGGCUGUUUUUAGAGAAGACCCGAGGUAUUGUCAUAGCCAGCUUGCGUCCGCUGUCCAGCGUCGUGCUAAAACCUUAACAUCAAAGUGCUUCCACCUACAACUUCGAAACUUUAUAUGUAGCUGCACCUUGAUGAAUUCUACAUGCUACACCCAUUUUUGGGUCACUAGGUAAAAGGUCAAGGUCACUGUGACCUCUAAAAAAAAAAUAAUCUGACAAGCUUUCAUUUAUUCAAAACUGCAUCCGCAGCCGAGUGUUGGCACCCGCUAUGCGGUGCUCUUUUUUCUCUCAUUUUCUCAUGAGCAGGCAAUACAGGUUAACCCUGUACCACUUAGAUAGGUAUUUUUACGCAUUUGUAGUCCCAAUGAAAGUUAAAUUUAAUUCAAGACCUUUCUUACUAGAUUCAAGUUCCAACCCUUAGAUACUAAUGAACAGCAAACAGCAUAAAACCUGAACAAUUUGCGAGUUACUCACAGGCUGUUCUGGUUUUAUGCUGUUUGCACAUUUUCACUUUGCCUCUGAGAGGGAAAGGAUAAAUAUCAUGUGUAACAGCUUAAUAUAAGCAUCAAUAUAAUGACUAAUUUUGCCAGUGAGGUUAACCCUUUCAGUGCGGGAACCGAAUUUUGAAGGCCUGUGCAAACAGUUUGGAUCCAGAUGAGAUGCCACAGAACGUUGUGUCUCAUCAGGAUCCAAACUGUUUGCUAUUCUGAUAGUAUUCUUUGAAAAAAAAAUCGAAGAAAAUGCUAAUUUAAGAAAUUUAGCAGAUGACAUUUAAGCAGACGACAAAUUUCCCAGCAUGCAAAGGGUUAAUAAUGGUAUCAAUGUCUCAUUCUGGGCUAGGCCUGCCUACAAACACGUUUUCUGACUUAUAAGUAUUAUUAUUAUGUCUUGGCAUUUUUUGUUGAUAUUAACAAUUGGUCUCAUUAUGUUAAGUUCCAAUCUGUUUGCAUUAAAUAAAAUACUUCAUUACACAGCCUGAAGUAUGAAAUGACACAACAAUAUCGACUAAAACACUGUAAAACCAAAACGUUCUUAUUUUGCAGGCGCCUAAGUUUAGGGCUGAAAUCUUGUUUGUUUUUGUGUAUUUUGUGUGUGUUAUAGGUUAAAAAAAAGUUAAAAUGUAUUUUAUAACCUUUAAAUCUUGCGUCUUGUUUCCAAAUUAUGCUGUUUAACAAUUUUGAAAAAAAAAUACAGCAGACAAAAGCUAUAGCACACCACUUAUUAAAAAUGUGCUGAAUUUUUCAUAUUCAUAAUUUCCUGUAAGACUUGAUACUUUUUCUUAUUGUGUCCAAUAGUUUGUUAAACGGAGGUUUAACUGAUACAUGGCAAUGGUACAUGUAUGCUUGGAGAAGCAUAGUACCAUUGCCAUGUAUCAGUGCUCCAGCUAGGCCUAAAUCGAGCUAGGCGCUGCACCCUGCUGACCCAAGGUCCCAUCAUGCGACUCAGCGACCCCACCAUCCCCCUUUUAUAAAUCUGAUAAAAUUUUAAUACAGGAAUUUGAAUUUUUAAGAGUCAUUAGAUUCAUUAUAUGUUCGUAGCAAAACUAGUUUAAUUCAUUACAAUACAAAAAAUUUAACUAGUUUAAUGCAUUACAAAAACAAAUUUUUUAACUGGUUUAAUGCAUUACAAAAACUUAUGUUUACAUGAAAAAUAGGUGUAAUAUAAAAAUAAAAUACAUGCACAUAUAAAACAUGCUUUUGACAAAUUAGCACCCUAUCCAUUUCUAAUCCUAGCUGGAGCACUGCAUUUAUUUAAUAAAAUAAUCAUAACUAGCAUGUUAGGUCAUAAUUCUUAUAAAUAUAUUAUUUCUAAUGUGUUGUGUUAUACUUUUUGUAUGAAUGUUGUUAAAUGCUGAUGAUGAUCUGUCAAUCCUUGUAUUGAGUGCCGUUCAAAAAAUCCAUUUUCUUUUUUUCCAGUUUUUACAAUGUACCUGUAUGCAUUGUUCUCUCUUUUGAAAGUAUGCAUACAAAAUUAAGUACUUUUUAGCAUCUUGUAUACAAUUUGGAUGCUGUCAAUAUAUUGUUUAAUGUAAUAAUAUUAUUUUUUUGAUCAUGAAAUAUUUUCUUUGUAUCCCAAUGUUUACUUUUUUGCCAGUAUGGCGGCAGCGGUUAUUUUCCCUUAAUGGUACAGCAUGAAUUAAAGUAAUAUGCCUUUAAACUGAGAGAUGAUGAAACAGCCAUCUUGAUUAAAUGUGAAACUAUUUUAACAAUCUUACAUAUUUGUUCUACUGUUGGCCGUGCGGUUUGUUUCAUAUCCAGAGACACUUCCUCUAUAAAUAUUUCACCUUGGCAACAGUUGUUUCCCCAUUACCAUUUGAAGUAGCCGUAUUUAUAUAAUUAUGGCAUGGCACACUUCAAAGUUCUUGCAAGAGGUUGUCAGGUCUGAUGGUGUUUAUUUUACUUAAAUGAUGUGUUUAUUUACAUGUAUGGUCUUUUUAUCUUCUAGCUUUUACUUUACACAUGAAUCCAUAUUUUCUUACUUUUGUACAGACAGCAACUUUUAUGUAUUGUAAUUUUUUCAAUUUACGUUCUCUAUUGUUUUGAAAUCCACAUUUAAUAUUUGUUUAGAAAGCCAUGGUGAAUGACAUUUUAUGUUUUUAUUAUCACAUAAAAUCACACCAUUACAAUACUACUUUUUUAACAAUUUUUACAACUUUAUUAUCUGUGAUAAAAUAACAUUCCACUUUUUGUAAUUGAAAUGCACUACCGAAUCUUCAGGACAUGUUUGAUUUACAGCUAACAAAUAGGUUUUUACAUCCUCAACACAAAUAUUUAUAUUAUGAAUAUUUUAUUUAAAAUUAUUUGUAUUUUAUGACCUUGUUAUUGAAAAAAAAUUGUGUGCACAUUUGUUUUCCAUUAGUUUUGUAAAUAAGUAAUAAAAAGGCAGAUCCUAAAGUUGGAUUACUUUUAUAACGACUUAAAUUAAUAUUAGCGGUUCUAAUAAUAAAUAAUUUCUUUACUAAAAAUAGAACUUUUUUAACACAUUUUUAUGCAAAAUGUGUAAUCAUAAAUCGAUUUUUCAGGUGAAAUGUUGUGCGGUGUUUAAAAAUAGCAAGUUUUGUUAUGUUGAAAAAUAAAAGCAAUUGUUUUACACAAUAACAGUUCUUUCAAUAAAUGUAUCAAACUUA